AUGGACACGGUUCGCAGCGAAUACUCGGAAGGCAGCCUCGCUUCUAGUCGCUUAGACGAUGGCAGCACUACGGGUCGAGGUUCCUUCUCCUUCUCCUUGUCUACGAGUCGAGUCUCAAUCGAUAGCGCCUCUACUCGGUCCGACUACCUAUCGAGCUAUGAACGGAAGUUCCAGGAGCGCAAAGCUGCCAAGCACAAAAAAUCCGAGAAAGCCAAGCGAGAGAAGGAGAAAGCAGAUCGACAGGAUCUGUUCUCAGCAGAUGUUCGACGUAAAGCACAGCGAGAGGCGGAGCGACAGGCACGUCGGAAGGAAAUGGAGUCGUGGUUGACCGAUCCCAAAGAGUUAAAGAGGAUUGAACGUCGAUCUCAAAAAAGGAGUCGAGAUCGAAUGAGAACAUUGAAGGAAUGGUAUAUUCCAGCGACUUUAGGUCCUCACGAAGAAGUUCAGCCAGUGUUUGCAGCUGCAAUGCAGCAAUCCAAUCAAGAACAUUCGAGUCGUAAGAAAGUUACGAAGCCAAUACUAACCAAGGAAGCUGCAGCUGUUAAAGACGAGGAAGACCGGGAAGCUAUGGGUGUUAUGUUACAUCGACAACUGAAUGCUUUUACGUCAAAGCUGGAGUAUCUGGAACAACUUACAGAUCCCGUAACUCCUCCGAUCCGAGUUAAAACUCGAGCUAGACGACGACGUGUUGUGAAAGAAAACUUACAUUUAGCUCCAUUAGGCCCUGCGCGAAGUAAUUUACAGGCUGUGAAGAGUGUGGCGAAUCUUCCGACGUAUUUUACUUCGCAAGGUGAAAGAAAACUUACCACCUCGACAUCGCUGCAAAUACUUCGGCCUUCUCAAGUAGAUAACGAAGACGACGAGGACGCAAUUGAUGACGCAGAAGUAGAGCAGUAUUUACUACGACAUCGUAGGAUUUCCAGACAAAAUUACGCCGCUGUAAAGCUCCAAGCCACCUGGAGAAUGUAUCUACGUCGACGGAAAUAUAUUCCCUGGCGACAGAGGAGAACGCGUCAUCGACGCGCAAUUUUUGAGAUCUGGGUCAUGACGUAUCGCGUAGGUUAUCGAGCUCAACGUUCAUUACUUCGGAAAUAUUUUACCGUGUGGCAUUUGGACGUGAUCGAAGCCCUACAACUCCGAGAAAUGGAGCUCCAUCUCUUCCGACAAGCUGCAACUCAAACGGAACUGCCUCGUAUGGUACUUAAUCUCGUUUUUACUUCCGAUUGGGAAGACGAACGAGCCAAAAGACUCGCAACAAAAGCCGAAGAAGCGGCUAAAAAGAAGAGCAUUGCACCUACCAGUAAGGCAGCGUUUCUCAAUGCCUUUCUGAGUGCUGCCUUUGGUGACGUCGAGUCUGGAUCGGAAAACCGCAGUCGAGUGCAUCAACUGCGUGCUCAGCACGUAGCAGCACGAGAAGAAGUGCGAAAGAAGAUUGUGCAGCAUGUAUUUCGACUGUGGAAGCGUGUGCACGAAGGUAACAAACGGGUGGGUCUUAAUGCUCAACUCUGUUUAAAACGUGCUGUACGAAUGGCGUUCGGAACUCGUCAACGCUGGCCUGCAGAGAUUUUGCUGUCUGUAUUCGAGAUCUGGGCUCGAUGGGCGAGUUUUAAUCGUUGUAAGCGACUAGGACUGCCAUUACCGCAGUUUACGCAGUCGAAUCCUCACUGGGAUAUCUGGUUACACAACUACCAGGAACGUCAAGUUCGAUGCGUUAAAGCAGCCGCCAAAGCGCCCGGUGCUCGACUUCGCCGGUACUUUCUUCGACUUCAUGCGUUUGCACGUCGUACUAUUCGAGAAAGACAAGUUUUAGCGCUUGCGUUUGACCAUUAUUCGCGUGUUUUACGGCUUAAGGUGCUACUGGAGUGGCGAGAAGCGAUUGCGGAUAGUGCAGCGGAGAAGAAACUUGAGAGAGGGAUUUUACUUCGGAUGCAUCGAUAUGCUUGUGCCAAACGGAAGCUGCGGCCACUGAAGGAAUCUUUAAGAAAAAAAAGACAAGGAUGGCUGAUAAGUCGAUCAAUACGAGGCUGGAAGAGGGUACAAUUACAUACAUGUUUUAAACGGGAACUUAAUCUCUCCAAGAUUGAGAAUAGUCCAGCGUGGCGCUCAAGGCUUCAUCGCAUACUUGAUAUCUGGAGAGAUGAAAGAGAUUCCCUUCUGCUCUGGAGAACGUUUGAAGCGUGGACGCAUUUUAUUCGCAAGCGUAAGCUAUUUAUUACGCUUCGCAUACUCUGCGCUCGUCAGGAACGACGGAAUUUACUUUUUGGCGUUUUUAACGCAUGGAAAGCAGCCAAAUGGGAGCGCGUCGAUGGGUUUCUUGAAGAUAAUUUACGUCUGGAUGCAUGGGAUAUCUAUCGCGAACUCUCGGUUUUCUUUCCAAUGUUGUUCUAUGGUAGUUUUUCUGAUGCAGGAUCGAUUUUCGGCGGUCUUCCGAGCUCCAUGUAUGGCGAUUCACAGCGUCUGGAUAAGAACGAUUUGUUAUUAGCUACAUCUGGCGAUGCUGUAAGACAUUUCCACGGUAUUUUAGUGCGGGAAAGUGUCAUGGAUGUUCGAAACGCAAUUUUACAGACUCGCCAUCUGGUCAAUGCCGUUGAUGAUACGUCAGGAAAUACAGCGCUCCAUGUAGCAGCGCAGAUUGAAGAGGCUGAAAGACGUUUAGAAAUUGUUUCUUUGCUACUUAGUGAAGGCGCAACUACGCUGAAACGCGUCAAUCGACAUGGGUUAUCCCCCGUUCAGUUGGCCUCGGACCCAGAGACUCAAUUUCUACUUAAUCACGGGAUUUACGCUUUUCAUUCCCGAAAUGUAUUGAAGACAAGCGAAGAUUGUGGGAACAAUAAUCGAUUGUUGGUUUGCAUGACGUCGCUUAUGGCUAGAGAGUGGAUAGCAGGUUUGAGAAAUCCUGGUGAUGUGAGAACAAGUCAGUGGCAUAGCGCCAUUCGUGAGGAAUUGUGGCUACGUCAACCGCAUAUUCGCUUCGCUUCUGACUCUAUUUUUGCGGCCGCAGUGACUCGAUCUCGUGGAUUUCUUAACGCACUUAAAACGCGCUUGUGUGUAUCAUAUAAGGACUUUCUAGAUACUGGUUUAUCCCAGACUCUGGUGGCUUAUGAGGAUCGUUACCGUGAGUGGGAAGAGCGUGGCAGAGUCAGAAAAAUUAGAGCUGCAGAGGCAGGAGAAUACGAAGCUUAUGCACGAUAUCUAUUGGCGACGACUCUAGAUAGCGAGGCCUGUGAACAGGAACUGAUUCCGAGUUUUGCUGGAUUAUUCUUCUCGUUAGAGUUCUCAAUAGACGAGAUCCUUUCGCAAGCGUAUCGCCUUGAAGACGAGUGCACUGCUGCAGAAGGUGAGCUGUGGGAGCUGUUUCAACGUAUUAAACGUGCUGAGAAGGCUUGGAGUGCGAUAUAUUCUCAAGAGGAGGCUACAAAUAGAAGUGGAAAUGUUGGAAUACUGCGAAUUUUCUCGGGUGACGCUGACGCCGAUCUUUUCUUUAAGAAAGAGAUUUUCCAGCUGGAAUUCGAGCAAUUUAAUUCAAGCCAACGCAAUGAGAACGAGGAUGGGAUGGACAGUCAACAAGAAGCGCUUGCUCUGGAUCUUGAGUCUUUGAUGAUAAGAACCAAGCGGAAACUCCGAAAAGUCGAAAAAAAACUUAAAAGAGUCCAGGACCAGAUUGACGAAAAUGAACGAACGCAUCGUGAAGCUUUAUUUACACCUACCAGGCGUGUCGAAGAGAUCUGUGUAGCGAGGAAAGCUCUGGAGCAGUCGCGGCUUCGAAUGGCGUCGACUAUUAUCAAGCACAGUGAAGCGGAAGCUGCCGUUGCAAAUUUAGAACAUGCUAAAAAAGUUCUAAAAAGUGGAGAACGUUCCGAACUUCUAGAAGUUUAUCCCUUUGCCAACAAGCUACCUCUUUCAGUAGCAGAACUUCCACUCGAGGACAAGAAAGCGUUCUUGGAGAAAGAGAAGGCAAGAGUUGCCAGUCUGUUCCAUAUGAGAGUCAUUUUAGAAGAGGUUCAUGCUACAAAACCAGAAUCUGGAAAUCUAGAAAUCAAGCCACUUCCAGAACCUCUCCAUGCACUUCAGAAAGAAGCUGUGCGUAAGUUACACUCGCUUUUCGUGUUGAAUUUGCUUCGAUCCUGUUGCUGCUGGUUGGCAGAGAAUAUGCUCGCAAUGGAGACACCAAACGAGGAAGAAAAUGCUGUUGAGAGCGAAAGUGACAGUGAAAGUGACACUUUUGUAGCUGAUGAAACAGACACUAUACCAGCGAGGAAAUUGUCCAGAUUAUUUAGUACUGCUGGAUCUAUACUAGCCGAAGGACCGCCACGACGUCGAAGCAGUAUACACAAUACGAGAAGAGUUUUUGAAACGUAUCAACAAGGCUCGUCGAGAAAUUUAGAAGAUCCAGAUAGUGAGAAUAUGCCCGCAACGUACGCAGCGAGCGCCAUGCUUCUCUUUGAAGAAGAACGUCGAGCUGCUGAAGCAAUAGAACGUGAACGGUUAAGCGCCAAGAAGGUGGAAGUUAUGGCUGCAAUCUCCGAGCAUAACCCUGUUACGGGUGAUCUCGAACUGCCUCCUGAUCACAUUGUAAGUUUUGAUGGGAUACCCGUUAUAACACGACCAGAAUCUGUUGCAAUCGAGAAAAAAGAGGUUCGACGCAACCGUAAAAAGGAGGAAUUACUACGCGCAAUGCGGUAUCGUCAGCUUCAACGCAAAGCUGAGAGUGACAGUGACAGUGAAGAGAACAAUAUCUCAACGCAAGCGCCUCUACUGCCUGUAAUUCACGGUGAUUCCUGUUUUGGCAAUUUCGUCUUUGGAGACGUAAGGAUAAAUCAUGAAAUUUUCCAUGAUGAAGCAAAGGCGAAGGAGGAGAUUAAUGCGGCUGCCACUGAGGCGAUUUGGAAGCGUGGAGGGAUAAAGCAGGUUGAUAGUUCUACUCCGAGUAUCAAGGAAGUACUAGCUCAUACUCAUCGACAAAACUCGACAAGAGAAAAACUGCGAUCAGGAAGCCGGCGCCAAGGAGUGACUAGACAAGCAUCUACUGAAUUGCCGCAGCCGCUUCAAGAUGUUCCAGAAGUACAAGCUGCGUCAGUACCCGAUGCAAAAGUAUCAGAUAAUUUGAGCCCUGUUGAUCAAGAGCAAAAGGCCGAGCAACACGUUCAAGGAGCUGCGUCAGUGUUUCACUUACAGCCGGACACGGAAACAAUCUCCAGCUCACCUGAACCUAUUCAAAAUAUUUCGCAAGAAUAUCAAGUUACAGCUUGUCCAGAUGAGGAAAAGAUACCUGCGGAGGUAUCUUUACCUGAAAUACAGACUAAUGUACACAAUCGACAGAAUUCUGCAAGUUCUGUACGUACAAGUCGAAAUUGCGAUGAAGAAGUCAGCAAUUCUGUACUUGUUGGAGUCGAGUCUUGGGACGAGAAGCAGCAGCAUACCGAAGAGUAUAAUGACGGCAAGGAGAUACCGAGUACUAUGGAGAUUAUAGGUGGUGGUUCUCAUGAUAAAGCACCUGUGAAUCACCCCAAACUGGAGGAGAUAGUGGAAGCUGACUUGCAACUACAAUCUCCAGUUGUGGAGAUAAGCACGUCUAGAACGUCAGACUCGCGUCCCAAGGGAUCCGGAUUCUCGCGAACACGUGAGUCCGAUCCACUUGAAAGCGACACACAUGCGAGUGCAUGUAUAAAAUGGGAGGAUAGCACUGCGCUUGGUGUUUUUCCACUUGCUGUGGUUCAGCCGACGCUAUUCGGCAUUGAAGAUAGAUUUAACUCAUUCGGUCAAGAGCGAGGAUCGACGUUGUCACAGGUUAACUGUCACCGUGUAGCACAACCGCUUUCUCGAACUGGAGAAGCAGAAAAAGUCACUGGCAAUCGUUUCGUACUGGGUAACAACGUUGCUGACGACCUGGAGGCAAUAGCGGAGGUCAGGGCCGAAAACUUUGCUCUUCGAGGCAAAUCGUUAAAAAUGACGAAAAAAGGAAAGAGGGAUCGGCUUAAAACAAGUGACAGUGGAAUGUUCAACGCUGCGGAGAAGGCUCAACAACAUCCAAAUGGGAAACCAAAAGUAUGGAUGAGUGCUGAAACCGAGGCAUUUGACCAGAAUACAUUCGAUGGAGCUUCUGUGGAACGCCCAACGACGUCCAUUUCAGUCAGAGUCGUCACGAAGCCCGUCAUACGAGAAGAAAUACUCCCAGAACCAAUUGAAAUCGCGUCGGAUACAUCGACACCAGAGUUCUUACCGCCAAAGCCGUUCAUCAGGCUUGACGACAGAGAAACUGAACAGGAUACAAAUACCUCAGCAUUGUUACAAUUGGAAGGCUUGGGACUCAGCAGUGCAGACAAACGUUUCAACAGCUCCAUGUCGCUUACCAAGUUAGCUAGUGGUUCCCCUACUAAGCUCAUGGAAACUACACGCUCUUCUCGCUUAGCAAUCCACCGCAAGCGACACAAAGUUCCUGAGGCAUUGGAACAUGACGAUCUUACACUACAAGGAGCACGGAUGACACUCCCAAAAGCUGAUAUGGAGGAAUCACUGGAGCUCAGUGGGUUCGAAGGCAUGGCCCCAUUGUCCAAGGCUGAGAGGGAGCGACUCUGGCAAGAAUUCGCCUCAGAUCCGCGUUCGACCAACGUACGGGAAGCUUACUCAAUACUAUACCCGCAGAUGUACAUGCCAGCGUCCGACGCAGUUCCAGUUAACAGGGAGAGACCCUCAGUAUCGGUUGAACCGAGUAAUUUAUCGUUACGGGUGGAUUCCAUUCGAAAACCUAUACAGAAGGCGCUUGAUCAGAAUCGGAAGUUCUGGAGUGCGGUCGAAGGCUAUCGUGCCAUUGGAAGUUCACCACUCGUGCCGCUAGAUGCCGCUACAAUAACUCAACGUCGGCAAGAUAAGGCUCAAGCCAUCUUUGACCAGUUCUUCCGUAGUCACAGGGAAAAAGGUAGCAAGCGCGAGGCUCGUGGACUUUCACUGCCUUGGCUCGAAAUGUAUCCGAAAGAAAUGGCAGAAGUUCAAAGACAACUCGAAAAUGCACCAAAGGGACUAUUUGACGAGCUCCAGCAGAUAGCGGAACUCCAAAUCUCCGCUACGCUGGCCAAGCGACAAACACAUGAAGGACCUCAUGAAAAAAAGCCACACAUGUACUACCUAAAAAAGGAUAAAUAA